AAAAAUGUCAGGUAUCAACAUAAACAUCAAUGUUAAUCUAGAUAAGAAUAAGUAGAGUUAUAUUUAUAAACUAGAGAGCUGCCAAAAGCAAGGGAGAAAAAUUAUGUGAUGGAGAACCAAAAAAGAAGAAAAAGAAAUAAAAUAAAUCAAAAUAAGUGAACUAAUCUCCUCUUCCUUGGGGAUUGAAUUAAGAGAGACUUAAGAAUUAUAUAUUUUCUCAAUUAGCUAAGAGAGACAAUCUUUUGUAUUAAUAACAAAUCAGGAAGAAUAAAGUAGAAGAACCUAAAUAAGAUCGUCGAGAAAUUUUAGGAGUCUCAUUUUUGAAUCAUAUGCCAAAAAAGAAAGUUAAAUAGAUAAUAAAUAGUAAAUAUAUUAAUUUAAUAUACUUUUAGAAUAAAAACUAAAUGAAUAUGAUGAACAAAUACAUUAUUAACCUAAAUUUAAUGAACAACAAUUACAUGAAAUUAGAAUGUACAAAGAAUGGAAGAGAAGACAAGUUUAAUUUGAAUUGCAAUUUAAAAAAUAACAAGAAUUAGAAAGAUAAACUAAAAUUUAAUAAAACUUGUAAAAUUUAAACGAGUAUAUUAAAUGUAAAUUAUUUUUAUAAUAUAAAAUAGAUCGAAAUCAUACAACAUCAGUGCAUUAAAAAAGAUCUGUGUCUUUUCAUAAAAAGAAAAGAACCAAAUCAUCUAUGGCUGAAAAGAAAAAAGAAUUGAUUAUUAAAUAUUAGAAUUUAGCCAAUAGAUAUGCAUAAAUUAAUGGAGAACCAAGAGAUAAUUAGAGUUGUUUUGGUUUAGUAUUGGAUAGUGAUUAAGAAGGAAUUUCUUAGAUGGAUUCAAUACACAAAAGUACUAGAAGAUAAAAUGUUAUAUCAGAACCAACUUUAGAUGAAGAUGAAGAAUAAUAAAUACAAGAAUUGGGAAAUCUUGAAAAAGAAAUGGCUUAAAUUGUUAAGGCAGUAAUCAUUAUUCAAAAGGUUUGGAGAGGUUAUAAAACAAGACAAAUUUUGUAAUAUUAUAAAAAUUAUAUUGAUGAUGAUGAUGAAAUCAAAUUAGAUCAAUUAACUCCAAAUUUAAGUUAAAGACAAUCUUAAUUAGAACCUAUAUGUUAAUCAGUUUAAAUUGGAAAGGAAUAGAGUGGACAUAAGUCUUCUCAGAAAAAAAUUGAUAAAAAUGGUUUUAAUACUUUUACAGGUUAUUUAGAUUGGGAUGAUGAAAAUGAUGAUCAAUUCAAUUCUUAAAAGGUAUCAUCGAUCAAGAAAUUAUCUUAAUAGAAAUCUCUUCAUAAAAUAAUAAUUGAAAAAUAAAAAUAAUAAUGGCAUUAAAUGUUAGAACAUAUAUCAUAAUUAUAAAGAAAAGGUUCUAAAUAAAAUAUUAAGGAAGUUUUAUAGGAUUUAAAGACAUUCACUUUAUAAUUCACAAAAGAAAUAGAUGUAGAAAUAAAUUAAGAAAAUUUAGAAAAAGAAGUAUAAUAAUAAUCAGUAGAAAUGAGUGAAAUUCGAUAAGUGAUGGGAUCAGAGAAUUUAGUUAAAUUAUCAUAGACAUCAUCUCCUGCUAAUAAGGAUGCUUCUUUAUUUGAAUAAAAUCCAUUUUAUGAUUUUGCAUCAAAAAAAUUUAGAGAACUCUUGAAUAGAGAAAAUAUGAAUAAAUUAAUAAAAAUGAGAGAAACUGCAAUAGAAGAAAGACAUAAAAAUGAAAUGAAAAAUAUUCAUGAAGCUUUAUAAUAAAAGUAAAUCAGUCCAAAGACUUUUGAAAAAUAAAAGUUUAAGAUUGAGAAAUGGGUUACAAAAGAAAAAGAAGAUUUUAAAUAAUAAAAAUCAAAUAUAGAAAAUGGAUGGAAAGGUUUAUAUGAAACAUUUAUGAGAACAUAAAAAGAUUUGUUAUUUAUGUCUAAAUUAAAGAAUUAAUAAUUGACAUCAUCAUUUUCAAGUGAAAAUGUAAGUAAUUUAAGAUUGAUAAGAGAAAUUAAUACAGGAUCUCAAUCAAAAAUAGUUAAAACGAAUAAUUUUGAUACAGUAACAAUGAAUUUUAGUUCAUCUAUUUGUGAAUCAUAAGAUAUUAGAAAAGUUCCAAAAACAUCUCCAUCUCCGUCUCCUCGUUAAUAAUAAUAAUAUAAUCAAUAAUAAAUAUAUGAAAAUUUGGAAUGGGAUGAUGAAAUGUUAUAUACAAGUGAUAAUUUAGAAUGUGGGAAAAUACAAUAAUCAUAAGUUAUUAAAGUUUCAACACUAAUUAAUAAAGAACCUGAAUAUAGUGAUACAUAAAUCUAAUCAUAUUCUAUUUUAAUUGCUAAUUCUAUUAUUGGAAAUGAAAUUUAAGAUAUGUAUGAAGAAUUAAAGACUGUUAAUAAAGAUAUUACUACAUUAAUAAAAUUUCAAUAAUAUAAAGGAAUCAAAACAAAUAUUUAAUAAGUUAAAACUUAUUUAAGUAGAUUAGAAUAAUUUUUAUUAUAAUCAGAUAAAAAGGAGGGAUUAAUUUAAAGAAUAAAUACACCUUUAGGACUUACUCCAAAAGAAAUUUUAAAAUUUAUUCAUUAUUAUGAUGAUGAGGAUGAGUAUUAAUCGAGUGAACAUGAUGAUUAUUCAAAUUAAGCUAUAUUAUCAACAGAAUAAUAUGCUUAAUUGGAGAAUUUGCUUAUGGAAGAAGAACAGAUAACUUCAGAUGAUGGAUUUUUAUUAGAAUUAGAACAUAUUCAUAAUAAAGUUUUGUAUGAUGCAUUAAAUGAGGCUUUGGAUUAUUAUAGACCAUUUGGAUUAAAUGGUUAUCCUUUGCCUUGGGUUAAAUAACCUUUAGAAUUAAUAUAAAGGUAAAUUUAUUUAAUCUAUUAUUUUUUAGAAACAAAAAAAGAGAAUGUCUUUAAGAUAUAUUUUAAGGAGCCAUAAAAUAAGUUACUGAUUGGACAUCAUUUUUAGUUGGCUUAAUAAUUGAUAAACCAGAUUCUCCUUUUCCAAAAAUUUUAAUGUUAGAUCAAGAAUAUUUAAAUUAAAUUAAAGAAGAAAGAAUGAUAAGAAUGCUUAAUUAAGAAGUAUUAAAUAUAUAAUAAUAAUAAAAGAUUUAUUAAAAUGAAGAAAGAUGGUUAAUGUAUGAUGAAGAACAAUCUGAAAUCUUAAUAGAAAUUUCAUAGAUGGUUUAAGAAUACUUAAUUGAUGAAUGUUUAAAAGAACUAAUACAAUUUUAAUGA